GAAAGGAACUAAAUUAGACAUACGGAAACGUUUGGAGUUUCCUCACGCGAUGCUGAUUGGUGGAAUUUUUGUUUACAUUGAGUAUUUCUAAAAGGGUCAUAAAUGGAUUCUGCGAAGUAUUGAAAUCAUUUUCAUUCGUAAAAAGUCAUAAGUCCAUAUAGGUUUAAACUGUUCAGCUUCUAUUUUGAGAAAAACAUCGAUUAUGUGCCGAGUGUUGUGAUUGUUAUGUGUGCUAAUGGUUUUAGGAGUUUUAUAGCUAAAAAAUCAUUUAAGUUCGAACCUUUAGUAACCAGCAGUUUCGAGCGUAAAUUACGAAAUUUUCGUUUUCAUUUCCAGAAUAAUAAUAAAUCAUUUUGGACAUGAAUUAAAUGUAUUAUAAUAGUAAGAAUCUUUUUGAAGUUGCUAUUAUUUUUCAUUUACUCUUUAAAAAAUUCGUCGUGUUUAGAACAGGUGUGAAUAAAAAAUAUUGAGAUAGGCAUGAGUGAUGUCCGUGAUUUCAUGGUCCAUAUUUUUCUACUAACUUGUAGCAGUUGCAUAUUGACUCAAUGAACUUAGUGGAAAACUGCAUUUUAAAAGACAAAUUAUAUUUAAAACUGUCUAUGGUUACUUUCUAUAUGUUGUGGUAUUGGAGCUGCCAUGGAAAGUGAUGCAUUUUCUGAAAGUUCUUUCAGUAACGGAGAGUCUUGUGAAAGUGACGAAAAUGGCGAAAUAUUUGAAACAUGCUCCUUCAAUGAUAGUGUUUUACAAUUACCGGAAUUUUUCUGUGAUGAGGAAGAUGUUUUCAGAGAAGUUAUUACUUCAACCACAUGGAAGUCUCUUAUUAAUAGAAAAAAUGCUGAAAGGUUAAAACAACUACUUCCAACUUUUCCAGAAAAUGAUGACUUUGAGAAACAAGAGACUUUAAGGAAGCUUUUCAAUGGAGACAAUUUCAGAUUUGGAAGUCCUUUCAAAUUAUUUUUUCAGAAACUAAGAGAUGGAUUUUUAUCUUCUGAAGUUGUGGAGAUUACUAAUGCAUUAAAAGAAGCAAAUUAUAGAGAAUAUAGAAGUCAGCAAAAGCAGUAUUCUUAUAAGUUACUUCAUGAUGUAUUACUUUCCCGGCAGAAACUGGUUGAAGCUUCCUAUGCUUUACCUCCUGAGAAUUCAGUUAAAAUGCAACAGUAUUUUACGAAGCCAAAGGAUGCUACUUUAUCUGAAAAGACAAGAUUAAGAUAUUUUUCUAUGCUGCAAGAUCUACGAGAAGAAAUUGGAGAAGUUGAUACUUCUUCAGAUGAUGAAAAUUAUCCAGAAAGUUGCCCUCCUAAAGUUCCUAAGAAGUAUAAAAAGCAUUUCAAUCAUGAAGUUAGCACUGGUGCUAGUAUUUGUAUGCCAACAACAUCUGACACAUCAAAUUAUUCAGGCAAUGGUAAUUUUUUUCAUACUAAUGGUGAUGCAAUGGAAGUGUCUGAAGAUAGAUAUCGUGAAAUGCUGCAAAACCAUAAAGAAAAAGCAGUCUUGGAGCCAAAACGCCCAGAACUUUCUACAUCUUUCAUUGACAUAAAAAGUGUUAGUUCUAGGUGCAACUUCCCUAAACGAGCUUCAGUUAAAUCAACUGAUGGUGCCGGAAAGAAAAAAGCCAAAACCUCUGAUGCUUCUGAUAAAUCUGGUACAAUUGGAAUUCCUGAAUCAAUAGAAUCUUCAGUGCCUUUAAUAAAUAUUGUUAUCAAAGAAGAACAUAAUACAAACUCAAGUUCAUCAGAUCCUAACAUUGACUCCAAUCCUCCAGCUGUUCAGGAGACUGAAGUUCAGACUGAUCCUUUAACACUGUUAGAUGAAGGGGAUGAUUCAGAAAUAUGUGAAAAUCCCACAGCUAAAUUAUAUUCUCCUCGACCUGAAGUAACUCAAUAUCCAACCUGUUUCUUUGCACUUUUGCGAGACAUAUUUUGUGAGUCAAGUGAACAAAAACUCUCAGCUGUUAAGCUUGAAGAAAAGGUUAAAAAUUGGCAAGGAGGACCAACUGCUUCGUUAUUUGAAUGGAUGAGUUUUCAGGAAUCUUGGUCAGAUCUUGUUUCAUCUGCAUUAAAAUUUCUUGCUGGAGAUUUAAUAAGUAUUUUACCAGAAACGUUUAUACCUUUCUUGGAUUACAAAGAGAAACAGCAACAAUGGCAAUGGAUAGGUUCUGGUCGUGACUCUGAUGAACAAAUGUUUGGUUUAUGCCAGCAGUGGUUAGAUGGUAAAGAUGAUAUUUCUCUUGAUAUGUUAGAAACCUCACAAGGGUCCCCACCCCCACCAAGAGUAACUACUGGUUGGACUGUCAGACCUACAGCUGAAAAUGAAAAGCAAGCAUAUCGCCAACAGGAAUGUGUCAGAUAUCAAAAUCCACAUAAAGCAUUUACUUUUAAAGUUCAUGGAUAUGAAGCAGUUGUUGGACCAGUUAAAGGUGUUUAUGGAAAAGAAAGCGGUGUUAACAAAGCAAGAGAGCAUUCACUCUUAACAUCAGAUAGACCCCCAUUUGUUACUAUCCUUUCUCUUGUACGAGAUUCUGCUGCAAGACUUCCAAAUGGGGAAGGAACUCGUGCUGAUAUAUGUGAAUUAUUGAAAGAUUCUCAGUAUCUUGCUGCAGCCAGUGACCAACAGAUUCAUACUGUUGUAAGUGGAGCACUAGAUCGUUUGCAUUAUGAGAAAGAUCCAUGCGUGAAAUAUGAUGUUAAUCGUAAAUUGUGGAUAUAUUUACAUCGACACAGAACAGAAGAGGAGUUUGAGCGUAUACACCAAGCUCAAGCCGCAGCUGCAAAGGCAAGAAAGGCUGUACAAAAGAAUAAAUUACCAAAAAUUAAACACAGUCGACCACUUCCAGUCACACUUGGUCCAGAAACUACAGCUUUGAAUAUUGACAUACCAACAUUGAUCAGUUCAGGAUCUCAAAGUCCAAAAACUCAAGGAAGUCCUAAGCCAAAUCGAUAUGUUAUGCACACAUCUAGUCAAGUAGAUAUCAAAAUGGCUGUUGAAAGUAAUGUGAAGAAAGAAGAAGAUUCUUCAAUCUCAAAUCCUCCAGAGACUGAACUUAUUGCAGCUCCUGUAACCUUGUCUUCUUGUGUUCAAGAUAUUAGCAAUUCUCGGCCUUCUACGUCAACCUAUUCUUUUGCAACAGCGAAAAAUGCCAUUGGUAAUAUUACAGCCACUCAAAUAGUUAGUGUUACUCCCAUCCAAAUUAAAUCAACUGAUCAAAUCAAACCAAAUAUUUCUACGCAAGUACAUGAUGUUUUAAAUGUAGAUAUGAAGCCAUCCUCUCCGUCUUUUGUUGGACAACCGCCAGUUUUACAGCCUGUUAUAAGUCAUCAAAUUAGUGAUAAAACAAAUCCUGUGAUACCAACAUCCACAACACCAACUUUAAUCACUACCCCUAUAAUAACGAAAGCCAAAGCAAACUGUCUACAAGCAAAUGCUUUAGCUGGAUUUCAAACAAUAGUUAUUAAACAAGAGCCUGGUCUAAGGCCUUGUGGUACCAUUCCUUUGCUAUCUAUUGAAGAAAAUAUGCCUUCCUCAAAUUCAUCAGGACCUGUUGUUGCUCGACUUGUCCAUGGUUCUCAGUACUUAUCAUUUAGUAAUAUUUUAGCAAGUUCAAAUGCAUGCUCAUCUAAUAAACCUUUGGCAGGAACUGUCCAAAAUUUUAGAGUUCAUGGUGGUAACAUUUGCCAACAGGUGCUUUCGACAUCUACAAUUAAAGUAAUGCAUUCAGCUCCAGUUUCAGCAAUUGCAGACACAAGGUUUCCUGUAAUCCAACUAAAAAAUCAAGUUAAUGCAAAGGAAGCUGCUCCAACUUCAUUAAAUGUGUGUGGACGAAUUUAUCAAAUGACAAAUAUCAGGAAUGCUGUUAUUUCUAAACCAAAUGAUACCAAAAUACCUGCUAAUAAAGAUCAUUCUGAAAUUGAAGACUUAAAAGAAAGUAUAUCUGCCACUGUACCUUCUGCUCCUCUCUCUGUACCUAACAGAAAAACUCAACCAGUGAUUAAAGUUUCUCCGAAGUAAAAGAAGUCAUCUGGUAUAGUUCUUUUAUAUAAGAAUAGUCUUAAGUUUAUAAUAAUUCUAAGUUAGUUAUUUAAAAUAAGCUCUGACAUGAAAACUCUUUCUGUGUAUAAUUACAGUAGACUUUAAAUUAAUUGUGAUUGAAUUAUCCUGGUUGUGAAUUAUAUGAAUGAUCAUUAUAUGGGAACAAAGAAAAAGUUUGCAAGGAUUGUUAAAGCAAACAUGGAUAAAAAUGAUGUUGAGAAGUUUUCACAGUAAAAUUUGUUAAAAAUUAAAUAAAAAAUGAAGAUGGACUUCUGUUAUUUCAUUCGUCACAAAACAGUAAAAGGAGUAACAAAAAAUUUCUGUCAAUUCUCUUCCUUUUAUUUUAAUGAAAUUAUUAAUUACCUAUUGUAUAAUAAUUUUAUAUUUUCUGUAAUUUAAAAAAAAAUUAACAAAAUUUGUAUGAGUUUAUUCGACCCACUUUGUAGAGAGUCUGAUGUAUCAUAUUAUGUAAAAUAAUAAGGAUUUAUAUUUUUGUGCUUAUUUGCACAAUUGCUUUUUUUAAUAUAAGAUGUUUUCAAUAUUUUAAAAAUAUGAAUGACAAUUUAACUAAAACUAUUUUUAAGUGUUUCAAUAACAUAUUCAUUUUAACUCUUGUAAUAUAUUAACACAGCUAUCUUUAAUUAAAAUAAAAUAUGUUACUCUUAAAAUUUUUAUUCCAUUUUGUCAUAGACUUUGUAUAUAUUACUUCAUUUAUUUUAAUAAUUUCUUUUUCAAUAUGUUCAAAAAUUAUUUUUAGCUCAAUAAAUUUCAUUAUUUGUUGUCAUCAAUUGCAUGUCAUUUUAUAAAAAUAUGCUAUGUAUAGUACUUGUUUAUAAAUAAUUUACUAUAUACAUUAAAAGAAAUAUGAAAAUAGACUCUUAUUAUGUCAAUCUUCACAAAGACCGUGAUAGUAGCAAAUGUAAUCUAAAUAUAACAUUAAAAUUCCUGUUUAUUCAUUUUUUUUUUUGUAAUAACGAAAUUGUUAAUGAUCUAUUAUAUAACAAUUUUACAUUUUCUUAGAAUUUUCAAAUGUUUUAUUAGAUUAUCUAGAAAUUUUGCUUACCCUGAUUUGUCGAGAGUCUACUGUAUCCUUUAAUUUCAAACAUUAAAGUUUUAUAUUUUUGUGAUUAUAUGCAUAAAAUUACUUUUUUCAAUGCUUUAAAAAUAUAACAAUAUAUUUGUAGAAUAAUAUAUUAUUGAUAAAAGAUUCUAUUAGUUUUAAAAAUGUCAGUUUUGGUUAAACUCUUAAAUGUUGGACUGUAUGUUAUGAUUAUUGUAAUUGUUUUGAUUAGUGUCAUGAACUAUGUUCCUUUUAAAUGCAUAGAAUGUGGGUUUUAGUGAAACAUAUUAUUUUGAUCUAUGGGAAAUACUGUGUUCUAACAUACAUGUUUAGUUUUAAAGAAAAAUAUUGGGUCUAUUAGUUUAUUUAAAACCAACUUUACAUAUUGAUGUAAAAUUCUUAUUUUUUGUAUUAGUUUUCAAUAGUAAUCAUUAAGUUAAUUUCUUGUUAUAAACUUAUCACUUUACCCUUUUUAAUUCCUUGUGCAGUCUGUUUAAAUGCUGAUAUUAAGUUCACAUUUGUUUACUUUAAAUGUAAAGACUAUUUUUAAAACUUAAGAUUUCCAGCCAUAAUACAUGUGCUGAAGAUGUAUUUAUUUAUUUUCUUCCAAAUAAAAUUUUGAAAACUA